GAAAACUGACAUGUGGCUUGUUGCAGUUUUUACAUUCAACCAAGAUUGGAGCUAAGAAUUUUCCUUAAGGAAUUACUAUAUUGGAUAGAUGGAUCAAAUCCAAAUACGAAAGAACUUGGCAUGCACUGGUAGCUAGGCUAGCUGUGUAUAGGGAUGGGAUAUUGGUUUGGUUUGGGUUAAAAAUCAAUUUUAUCAACUCGCUUAACUAAAAUUAUUAGGAGAUAUUAUAAGAAGUAAAUUUUAUUCCAUUACUAAUGGAAAAUGGAAAUAUUUUUUUGUUGUCGUGAAAAUGGAAAGAUUUUUUUUUUACCUACUGUAUCGCGGAACACUGAAUUUCUAGUAGCUACCGUGGCUACAUCAGUAUCCACCAUUUAUUUUCUUCUUUUUCCUCUUUUUUUAAUCUUACGGUUAAGAUUGCCUAGGAUAAUUUUGGAAGAAAAAAAAGGACCACACUUAAUUAUUCUAUAUAUUCUACCCUAACCCUACUUCGCCCUCGUCUCCAGCACCGUCGCCCUCGUCAGCGCCACCCAGGCCGAGAAGAGGCCGCCCCAGACGGCGGAGCUGCCGCCGACGCGAGGCGCGUUCAUCCGGCGUACCCGAUGACUGCGCCUAUGCGGAAAGCGUCGCCGAUGUCGUCGAGGAUGCGGUCCGGGCAGGCUCCCUAGAUGUUCUCCGGCGUACCCGAUGAUAGCGCCUAUGCCGAAAGCAGCCGCCGCCGCCGUUCGACAGCCCUAUCCCGAGCCCGAACACUUCCAGCGCGGCGGCGGCGGCGGUGAAGAUAACGCCUUCCUCUUCCAUUACCUCGUUCAUCAGAUCGGCGUACCGCGCCAGGGUCGGCCGCUCCUGCACGGCCGCAGCCUCGUAUGCGACCAGGUUCCGCAAAGCGACGUCGCAGUGAGGAUUGGUAUGUUUUUCUUUAAAUGGUAGUCAUUUUUUUCUCGUAGUGAUUUUUUUUUAAAGGUAGUCAUUUUUUCUCGUAGUGGUAGUGUUAUUGUCGUAUUGGUAUUAUUUUUGUCGCAUUGGUAUUAUUUUUGUCGCAUUGGUAUUGAUAUUGUUACAUUGGUAUUGAUUUUGUCGCAUUGGUAGUGAUUGCAAUGGUAUUGAUGUUUUGUGAAAUGGUAGUGUUUUUAUUUCUUGAAUGGUAGUUUUCGUGUAAUGGCAUAAAUUUAUUUCUGCAAUGAUAGUUUUCGUGUAAUGGUAUAGAUUUAUUUCUACAAUGGUAUUGAUAUUUUUCAAAGUGGUAGUGUUUGUCUAAUGGAUUGGUACUGAUUUCGUUUUUUUUUUUUUUUUUUUUUUUUUGCAGAAAGAUUGAGAAAAAUAUGGAAAGGGAAUCUGGCUGGAGAUUACGGAAGUGAGAGAAAGAGAGAGUUUUAAUUAAUAGAUUUUUGUAACUACCUUAAAUGUAAUUUAUUAAAAAAUUAAUUAAUAUAAUUUAUUUUUCCAUAUCCAAUUUACCCUUAGUAACCACGGUGAUUUGUAGUAAUCACCGUAACCUGUCCCAUUGUAUCGCGGUGUGGUGUCGUAGAGUCGUGGAAUAAUGCUCAGAAUGGACC